AUGUCGUCAACAAUAUUAUCAGCACGUUCAUUUGAAAUAUGCCUCCAGAAACGGUCCACUCUUCCACAUAACUUGAAAGCGCCAAUUGAGUCGAAUCGAGCCAAGAUGAGAGCACUAAAACCUAAAUUUCCCUCAUUAUGCCCAAUGAACAGUAAUGGAAUAUACGUUCAAAUGCUCGAUUAUGAGCAAUUGGUCAAUGGGUCUGUUGUUGCCGAAGCUUUUAUCGGUACGAAAGCCCGUGCUUACGCUCAAAUGAUAUGCGGUUCGACUGUCGCCACCAAUCCUCCCCGAAAACGCCUACUCGAAUCAAAUACCAGCUCGUUUAAUACUGUCGAACCUCCAUGA